AUGCGUGACCUGACGAACGAAGACCUCGAGGCCAUCCUUCGGGAGAUCCUGCUCAACAGCAGCAAGACCUCGCUGACUCGAUUGCCGAACGGCAUCGCACAGUUGUUAGCGGAAAAGUACGGCUGCCACCACUCGACCAUCCGCAGAGUCUUCGCGCAGGCGAAGCAGCAGGGAGUUGUCGACGGUAACAUGAAGGUGUUGGUCGCCAGCCGAAAGAAGGGCAAAGUGGGCAGGAAGAUGGCCUUUACUGCUGACCAAGUUAAGGCAAAGUUACUUCAAGUGCCAAGUGAAGGCAAACUGGGUCUAUUUCGUUCGCAUUUAAAUGCCAUCCGUCCGUUCUUGACUGAAGCCAACAAAUACUGCCGCAUGAAAUUUGCGUUCAAGAUGGUACGGGCGAACAUGGAGCUGAACGAUAUGAUGCAGUCUGUUCACCUGGACGAGAAGUGGCUUUACCUUACCAAAACCACGCGAAAAUAUUACCUGGUCACUCGAGAAAACGAACCAAAAUGCACGUGCAAGUCGAAGAGAACGUCAGCGCGCAACGUGGAUGAACUGGUGGCAAACGUGGAAGCCGCUUUCGUCGACUAUCCCUCCGAGCGCUUGGAUCGUACCUUUCUCACGCUCCAGGCGUGCAUGAUCGAGACGCUGAAAUGCCGGGGCGACAAUGCCUACAAGGUGCCCCACCAGGUCAAGGAGAAACAAGCGCGCCAAGGACGCCUACCUGAAAGCUUGCUGUGCCCACUGGAUGUCUACAAGAAUGUCAAGGGCGAGCUGGACGCCGUCGACCGUACCGAAAUGGAGCGGGUCGUUGCUGAAGAGCUGCAUGGACGAGCCGGCACAAGAGCUCGAACGAAUUGCCCUGAGUGA